AUGGAAUAUCAGGGCCUGUGCUCAGGGGACCAGCUGAUUCUGCAGGAAGCUCCGGAGUGCUCACCCACUGGACAUAGGAUCCUGCAGAACCCCUACAGAAGUUUGGACUUUGACUCCAGCCAGCUUCAGAAGUCUGCCAUCCACGAACUGAUAUGUGACCACUCCCUGUCCGCUGGAUGGUACCGAUUUAUGAUCUUUGAUAAGCCAGCUGAGAUGCCAACCAAGUGCGUGGAGAUGAACCAUUGUGGCACCCAGGCCCCUGUGUGGUUGUCACUGCGGGAGUCAGAGUCCCUCCCUCCUCCUGGGGAUAUCCGCCAGCUGACCGCCUGCGCCACUUGGCAGUUCCUCUUUAGCAGCACCAAGGACUGUUGUUUGUUCCGAAUCCCGGUGACCGUCAGGAACUGCGGCGAUUUCUUUGUGUAUUUGUUGCAGUCGACUCAAGGAUGUAUGGGCUACUGUGCUGAAGUGGUUUCAGAGUCUCAGUCGCAGUGUGAAGAUGGUGAGAUAGAAGUUGACGGUGUCUGCACAAGUAAGUGUGAUUAAUUUUCACACGGUUUACUCCCUGAGUCACCGAGCCCCCCGGAAAUUGUGGUGGAGAUGGUAGGCUCCACUGUCUAUCUGAAAUGCUUCUUUGAUCCCCCAACCACAAACAGCUCCCUAGGCUUUAUCAUUCGAUGGUCCAGACUGUCCACCAACGGGGUGAAGGAGGAGCUGAGGCAGGAUGCCGUUGUACAGUCAUUCUCUACCAUUGAACUAGAUGGCAUCAAUGUUAGACUUGGUGAUCAAAUAUACUGCAGCGUCUCCAGCUUCUACUUAGAACAACCAGAUGUUCACAGCCUUCUUCUGGAGAGCAAGGAAUUCUUCGCUGGAAUUAAGUUGCAGCCUGAAGCUCUGAGCAUUGCAGAAGACGGACGGGAAUACAGAAUGACGGUGCAGAGUACAAUUCCUAUCUCCUGCCCAGAGAUGAGCCAGUUACAGAACGACUGUAUGGUGACCAUGAAACUGCGCAUGGCCAGCCAAGCUGAAGAAAAACAUGACUCAGAUCUGGCCCUUUCCUCCUGCAAAGUGGACCUCCUGCCAUCGCCCUGCCAGAACGGAACGUGCGGUCACGCUGUCCUCUAUUACACUGCGGUCAUAGACUUUGCAGCGGAUGGGAACAAAGUCACAAGUAUUGCAGCAGAUCCCAUAGACAGCGCCAACUUCCUGUGGAGCGGCUACGUACCAGAUGUGAUACAGAUUACAGUGAAGGACGUUCCGGGGGCUAACUGCUACUCGUUCACCGAUCCACAUAUCAUUACCUUUGAUGGCAGGUAUUAUGACAACUUUAAAUCCGGAACCUUUAUCCUGUAUAAGAGCACCUCCCGUGACUUUGAAGUGCACGUGCGGCAGUGGGACUGCGGGAGUGUUGACCACCCAGCGUCCUGCAAUUGUGGCUUUGUAGCCAAGGAAGGGGGUGACACCAUCACCUUUGAUAUGUGUAGCGGGCAGCUUCAUGAGUCCCAACCGCAUCUCUCCGUAAAGAGCCAGGAUUCGACAGAGACCAAUUUUCGGAUUACAGAGUCUUACCUUGGAAGGAAGAUCACGAUCUCCUUCUCCUCAGGAGCUUUCAUCCGUGCUGAUGUCAGUGAUUGGGGGAUGAGUUUGACGCUCAGAGCUCCGAGCUCGGACUUCAAGAACACGCUGGGACUGUGCGGGACGUUCGAUGGAAAUCCUAACAAUGAUUUCCAUGAUACUAAAGGGGCCCAGCUGGAGGAGACGUCACACAGCCGCUUGUACUUCAUCAACCAUUGGAAGAUUUCUGCUGGAGAAAGUUUUUUUGACAAACCUCCAGAGUUCACACUGCCAAUCAACAAAAAAAGGAACUACUGUAGCUGCGCGGCAGAGACAAACCUGCUGCAUCCAUCUGUGAACAUGCUUUUUAUAAAUUCACCGCAAGAUUCUCUUGUCUGCAGUGGCAAUGAAAAUGUGAGGUUCCCCUCCUUAAUACCAGCACUUGAUGUUACCAAUGAGUACACCUACACUGAUCCUGGACGAGAACUAAGCAAGCGUUCAUUGCCCGAUGUUUCAAUACAGUAUGACACACCAUCUGGUGAGGAGAACCUUCAUAAGAAUCCUAGUGAAUCUAAAGAGCCCAAGAAUGAGUUGAAAAAAAAUGUGAUAUUCAGAAGACCAUCUCAAUCCAAUGGAAGCAAUAAGAACCAAGAAAACCGAUGGGAUCACAAAGCACAUGUUAGGAAUCGGACUAAACGCCAGAAUUACUAUGAGUAUCCACAAACAUUUUCAUAUCAAAGCCUCAGCCAAACUGACUUGGAAGGAUUCAGCUACUUCUUCCCCGAAGAUCACACCAGUGACUCACACCAGGAAUUUUAUCCUUCUUGGCCAACUCCUUCAGGACUGACUCAUUCAUACGCUUCAGCAGUUUGCCAAGAGGCGGUAUAUAAUGCGAGCAUUGGGAGACUGUGUGUUGGGUUUUUGGAGAAGCGUCUCAUGGAUGUGGUUGAUAUGUGUAUCACGGAUAUCAUGCUGAAGGAUGACCUUGGCUGGGUGGAAGCAGGGGAGGCCCUACUGGAAAAUGAGUGUGAAAGGAAACUUGUGGAACUCGGGCAUGAUAAAGCAAAACACUCCCAGAUACCCAUUGACCCCAUCAUUCUAGCCCUGAAAUGUCCCAACAUGUGUAGUGGCAAUGGACAGUGUAUGGAAUGGGGCUGUGCGUGCUUCAAUGGUUACAGUUCAUAUGACUGCAGCAUUUUGUCUGACCAAGGUCCUGAAAUUUCUGAGCUUGAAAAUUCUGGACUGUGUGACGUUCGAAGAUACGACUGCACCUCUGUACGAGUCUUUGGGACAGGAUUCAAGGAAUCAGCCAGCCUUAAGUGUGAAUUUACUAAACAACAGUAUAGUGGUGGCAAAUGGAUCCUUCUUGAGCCAGUGCUUAUGGAUGCCACCUUCAGGAAUUCCAGAGCCAUUGACUGUCAGAUUCCCGUAGACGCUGCCCAAGCUGAUGGAAUGGAUCCAGUGGAUGACAAACCAAUUGCAAAGUGGAGAGUCAAGGUCUCCAACGAUGGCGAGGUCUUCAGUAACUUUAAAUCAGUGACUCUGUAUGAUGGAGCUUGCCAGACCUGCGAUCCUGUGUCUGAUGGGCUUUGUAAGCUUAAGGAAAAGACCUGUAAUAUAGAUGGACUUUGUUACGCUGAAGAUGACACAAACCCGACCAGCCCAUGUCUACUCUGCAAGCCUGAGGUCUCCAAGUUAACGUGGUCAGUCGCUGAAAACAACCAACCUCCAGUGCUUCAUUCACUACCGGAAAAACUACAGAUGUUUUAUAGUGAAAACUUUGUGUACCAGUUCAUGGGGUCAGACCCAGAGGGUUCCGCCAUCUUGUUCAUGCUGGACUCCGGACCGGAGGGGGCCUCUCUGUCUCCAGCAGGACUGUUGGUCUGGAAAGUCAUGUCCCACACUGGAGAGAAGUUUGUGUUCUCCAUCUCUGAUGACUGCAAUGCAAAGACCACUGAAACGGUGGAGGUUCUAGUGAAAGCCUGUGGCUGCAAGAACGGUGGAUCGUGCGUGGCAAAUAUUAACUUCCCAUCGGGAAAAGGGGAAUAUAUAUGUGUCUGCACUCUAGGAUUUGAGGGAGAGAACUGUGAAACAGACACGGAUGACUGUCAAUCUAAUCCAUGCAGUGCAGGAAAAUGCGUAGAUGAGGUCAAUGGCUAUCACUGUGAAUGCCCUGUAGGUCUGAAAGGAAAAUCUUGUGAGGAAGACCUCGAUGAGUGUCUAUCUGCUCCUUGCUACACCACUGUCCUCUGUACGAACACCAUGGGUUCCUUCAAGUGUGGUCCUUGUCCGCAGGGCAAUGAAGGAGAUGGAAAGACAUGUGGUAAGAUGAUCUGCUCCCGUACCCAUCUCCAUGGAACAUUUGCUCUGUUAAUUGAGCGGAGCGCUAAAGUAAUAAUAAACAAGUGUUCAUUUCCUGAACUGGGUUCCGCUACAAAAUCCAUCCGUGAACCUUUAUUUCCUCCUGGUGAUCCCAGCCCAGCAGCACCGAGCAGAAGUUCUGAAUCUCUUAUUGUGCAGACCACUCGGAAUGACCACUCUCUUCUGACCAUCGGCGAUACAAGAAGGUCCACCAUCUCCAAGACCCUGAACGGUCGGAGAACGCCUUCCUACCUUUCUCGGAAUGGCUUGUUGUCCAGUCACAUAACCAAGACCAGUUACAAAGGACCUUACAGCAAUGGGCUUCCAACUGCACAGACCAUUACUAACACCUCCAGAUACCAGCUAAGCUUGCAUGAGAGGACUUCAAAGGAGCACAUGGUCAGAAAGACUUCUGAAAGCUCAUCAUACAACACGGUUACUGAUAUCAAACUUGGGAAAAGCGUCAAUGUAGACACCUCUCGACCUCUGUCGAACAGGACAGAAGAAAGGGGAGAAUUGAAGAGUCCAGGAACAGCGGCUCCAGGGAGGUUCACCUGUGCAGAUUCUCCUUGUUUCCGGGGAGUUGCCUGUGAACCAAACAAAGAUGGAGGCUAUAAAUGUGGAAGGUGUCCUUAUGGCUAUUUUGGUGAUGGAGCCAAUUGCAAAGCAAUUUGCCGGCAUCCGUGCGGAAGAAAUAUGGAAUGCACAGCGCCGAAUGUUUGCAAAUGUAAGCCGGGCUACUCCGGAUACAACUGCCAGAGCGCUGUGUGCCGCCCGGACUGCAGGAACCGUGGGAAGUGUGCGAGACCCAACGUGUGCGAGUGCGCUCCGGGAUACGGGGGAACCACGUGCCAAGAAGCUCACUGUGAUCCACCAUGUGACCAUGAAGGGACCUGCCAGGCUAGGAAUGUAUGUUCCUGUCCGUUUGGUUAUGUUGGACCUCGUUGUGAAACAAUGGUGUGUAACCGGCACUGUGAGAAUGGAGGUGAAUGUGUGGCCCCUGACGUGUGCAAAUGCAAGCCUGGCUGGAGUGGACCCACCUGUAGCACAGUGGUGUGCCAUCCCGUGUGCCUCAAUGGUGGCACUUGUCUGAAGUCCAACGUGUGUCUCUGUCCCAAUGGCUUCUAUGGAGCUCAGUGCCAGAACGCGGUGUGCAGCCCCCCGUGUAAGAAUGGCGGUCACUGCAUGAGGAAUAAUAUCUGCAGCUGUCCAGACGGAUACAUCGGUAAAAGAUGUCAGACGAGUGUUUGUGACCCAAUAUGUAUGAACGGAGGAAAGUGUGUCGGUCCCAAUAUUUGCUCCUGUCCAUCAGGCUGGAAAGGAAAAAGAUGCAAUACACCAAUAUGUCUUCAGAAAUGUAUGAACGGCGGUGAGUGCAUUGGCCCAAACACAUGCCAGUGCCCCCCUGAUUGGGAAGGGGCUCAGUGCCAGAGCCCCGUGUGCAAUUACAAGUGUUUAUAUGGCGGUCGUUGUACCUCGCCCAACGUAUGUUCCUGUCGCCCUGGAUACACCGGAGUGACGUGUAGUCAGAGAAUACAGGGAGCUCGCGGGUGA